AUGGCCCACACACCCCUGAAAUCAGGGUCUGUGGAUGUGGUGGUCUUCUGCCUGUCACUUAUGGGCACCAAUAUCAAGGAUUUUGUCACUGAGGCCAAUAGGGUGUUGAAGCAUGGUGGUAUCAUGAAAGUAGCAGAAGUGGAGAGCCGAUUUACCAAAAUUGACGAAUUCCUGUCCAGUGUGACACGUCUUGGAUUCCACUGCACCAUAAGACGGUCCAGCAAAAGUACUUCUACAUGUUUGACUUCAAGAAGAACCGUGAAUGCAAGAAAGCAAAGGAGGCAUGAAUGCUAUCACACUAUUCCCAUGGAUUAUCCAAAUGCAGGUAUCUUGCCUAUAACCUCAAAAUAA